UCACCUCCCACUCCUCCUCUUCCUCUUCGUGGGCGUCGACGUCAACUUCACAGAGAGGUGCGGCGAAAAAACUGUGAAAAUUCUUCAUUGACAUCAAUCCUUUCGGCUCGUUUAGACUCUAGAGGUUUUUUUCCACAUACCAACAAUGUCUGUGUGGGAUGACUUGGACCUUCUCUUAGACUCCCCUUCUUCACUUACAGUCACAUCAAGUGCAAGAGGUACAGUGAAGGAUAAGGCAAACUUUACAAUAGAAGAUGAUGUAGCCGCUCUGAGGAAGGCCAUCGAAGGGAUCGGUACGACUGAAAAAACACUGAUUGACGUGUUGAUCCAAAGAAGCAAUGCACAGCGUCAGCUAAUUGCUAAAGCUUAUGAGAAGAGCACAGGAAGGAAACUAGUGGACGACCUGGAGGGAGACACUCACGGAGACUUUGAGGAUCUGCUGGUAGCAUUGGUUACACCGCCUGACGUCUUUGACUGUAGAGAAGUCAUCAGUGCCAUUAAGGGCGCUGGCACCACUGAGACCAUACUGACUGAGAUCUUCUCCUCCAGGUCCAACAGGCAGAUAAAGGCCAUGUCUGAAGCCUAUCUCGCAGAAACUGGACAAUCAAUGAUUAAGGACCUGCAGUCAGAGGUGUCUGGAGAUUAUGGCAAAGCACUGCUAAUCCUGGCUGAGGGGAAGAGAGAUGAGAGCACUAAUGUGGACACGGCCAAAGCCAGAGCAGAUGCCAAGGCAUUGUAUGAGGCAGGGGAGAAGAAGUGGGGCACGGACGAGGACAAGUUCAUUGACAUCCUGUGCCACAGGAGCAUUCCUCAGCUACGACAGACUCUGAUUGAAUACAAGAACAUCAGUAAGAAGACUCUGCAGGAGAGCAUCGAGGGUGAGAUGUCAGGAGACCUGGAGGAGCUGCUGGUGGCUGUAGUUAAAUGUGUGAAGAACGUCCCUGCGUAUCUGGCAGAAAGGCUUUUCCAGAGCAUGAAGGGCGCUGGGACCACAGAGUCUGUUCUGACCAGGAUUAUCGUCAGUCGCUCGGAGGUCGAUCUGUUGGACAUCAGAGCUGAGUACAAGAAGCUGUUUGGUUACACCCUGUAUUCACAGCUAGAAUCUGAAGUUUCGGGCCAUUUUGGUGACACCCUCAAACGUCUUUGUGGCCAAGACGAUUGAGUCAUGUGAUCAGAAACAUCUGUUCAUUUCACCCUGGAGGAGACGAGAGGAACUGCAUUCAAUGAGUCUCAAUUUACUGUGAUGAAAAUUGAUCUACAAAUAUAACAAUUUUUUUAAUGCCGAUCACGGCCGUUGUUUUAGCUGCAGUGUCUUAACAUGAAACAUAGUAAUUAGCCAAUGUGAAGACAAUGUUGAACGUCUUUUUAAUGCACAUGUUCAAGUCACCUGUACUUAAAGUUACCACAGACUUGGAAUGUAUUUUAACCUUUGGUAACAACGAAGUGUCCUAACUUUCACAUCAUAUCUAAAAUAAAAAUAAAAACUUGAUUAGGCUUUUGAAA